GAUGGCAGCGUGUAACGUACGCGUCGUAAUAUUUUUAUGUAAAUAAUUAAUAAUAAUGUAAUUGUAAAAUCAUUUAAUUGUGGUGUUGUGUGUGUAUUUUAAUUUAUUUCAUGAUAAGUUUAUUUAUACUUCAAUUUCGUAAAUAUUGGUAAUCUCUUGCGUGAACUAGCAGUACAGCAAUCAUAAUGGCAUUUGACACGAUCUCCUUAAGCAGCGAUGAUGAUGUCCCUUUGAAGACGCUAUCUGCUGAUGACGUCCCUUUGAAGACGCUAUCUGCUGAUGAUGUCCCUUUGAAAACGCUAUCCGCUGAUGACGUGCCUGUGAAUGCGCUGGGAGCUUCAUAUGUGACAAUCAAAUCCACCGUUCUGAAGACACGCAGUGUGGAGCAUUGUGACUUUUGUGAAGAGGUGUUUCUGAAUAAGUAUGAUGCUUUAAUUCACAAUGGGAAACAUAUAAUCAUUCCACUCAUUAAGAAGGAGCUACACCAGUGCCCUCUAUGUCUGUUUUAUUACACAUCUCGAUAUAAACUUAAACAUCACACAAGAAACAAACACAAAAAUGACGUCAUCAAAAUUGAAGCAGCCAUCAAACCAGUCAUUACUGAAAAUAAAACGCUUAUAAACCCAGUCAAAGAAAAUAAAAACAAACUUGACAUGAAAGUUAAUGAUAAAUCUAAGAAUAAUGAAAGUAAAGGAAUAGUUAAAAAAGUUACCUUUAUAGAUAAUUCUGACGAUGAAGACUUACCACUGGUUAAUCAUAGUAACAAAAAAGAUAUAAAAGUUUCCACUGAUGACGAUGAUGAUUUGCCAUUAAUAUUUAAUACUAAUGCAAUCAAAAAGACUGAGAAAACGCCUAAAUGUGAAACUGAAUUGCUAAGACAAGCACUUUUAAAAGAUGUGAAAGUAGUCAUUGAGAAGAUAGAACUUUCACAUAAAGUUGAAUCCAAAAUCUCAGUGACCAGCUCAAAAGUGCCUGAGAAAUUUGAAAUAGAUGUAAAAGACUAUGAAAUACCUAAAUACCAACCUAAAGUAGACAACCAAAAACUUGAUAUGUUUGAUGUUGUAAAAGCAAGUAAUCCAAAACCGAAUGAUGAAGUGAAAAUAAGAAGUCGUCUCACAUUUGAAGAUGAAAUUGAUGAUAUUCACGAUGAUGAAGUGAUGAAAGAUUUGACUAAAGAGUGUAUAGUCGACAUGAACCUUUUUGACGAGCCCUGGUUUGAUGAACUUGCUAACAGUAUUACAAAUGAUGAUGUCAUAGUUGAUGAUAUGAUUAUAUCUAUUGAUGAUGAUGAUGAAGAGAAAGGUACAGAAGUCAUUGUGAAAGAGACAGAUGCUGUGUAUACACCUAGUACGCAUCAUGAUGAGUUGAUUAAGCCAGGCGUUUAUCGGUGCAAGAAAUGCCAGCAGAUGUUUCCCACAAGGUUCAACCAGAUACAGCACGAGAUGUCGCAUAUGCACAUCCGGAAGCCCCGGCCCAUGCUCUGCGAGUACUGCGACCGCUUCAUAGCCACCAAGAGAGCCCUAAAAGACCACAUCGCUACAAAACAUAGCAAACCUUACCGGCCCCGGACCUUCAAAUCUUGCACCAAAUGCGGCCUAAAAUACAACAACAUUGAAACGCAUUUGGACAAUUAUCACGUAAUACUCCGCUGCCAUCUUUGUAACCAACGUUUUGACACAGAAAUUGACAGAUUAAAUCAUAUCAGAGGCCAUUUAGUCAAAAUAAAAUGCGUUCAAUGCGAUUUCGUGGCGUCGGAACUCGAGAUAAAAGAGCAUCAGAAGCGAUUCCACAAAGUUCCGAGUACGGUAUCUUCGACUUUUAAAUUGUGUGAAAUAUGUUGUCUGUUUUUAAAAAAUAAGGGGAAUACCCAAUAUAUAUUUGGAGAAACUGUGAGUGAAUUAGGCUCUAGGUUGGACUGCGAACAUUGUGGCAAUAAAUUUUUCCAUUUGACUGAAGUGCGGCGCAUUAUGAAAGGGAGACCGAGCGAUAGAGCCACGUGUGAGAAGGAAAGGGACAAGAAAAAGGUUUUAACUAAUAAGGAGAGGCUUAAGAAUAUACAGCAGAGGUUGAAAAUGAUUAAUAAACUUAGCAGAUUUUAAUUUU